AUGGACCCAAAAUCUCACCCAGCCAUCACAGUCACAAACAUACGGAACUUCAUUCCGUUUAUACUGGAGAUGGAGAGCGGACAGUACACCUCAUUGGCAGAAUUAUUUCGCAUCCAUUGCAGGGCUUUUCAGGUUGCAGAUCACAUUGAUUCUACCAUCAUCCCUCCUUCAAAACCACCUUCUUCUUCUUCUUCUUCCUCCACCUCAACAGAAGCUGAUAAAACCUCCACUGAAGCCGACAAAACUAAAGCAUCAGAGUUUGCAGCAUGGUCACGACUCGAUGCUAUUGUUCUCCAAUGGAUCUACAACACAAUUUCUAAUGAUCUGCUGCACACAAUUUUGAAACCAAACACCACUGCGUGUCAGGCAUGGACUGCCCUUGAAAACAUUUUUCAAGAUAACCAGAGCACUAGAGCUGUCUAUCUUGACAGCAAAUUCGUCUCUACAAGACUUGACCAACACCCUAACAUCUCCUCCUAUUGCCAAGCCAUGAAGAUGCUUGCUGAUCAACUGUCAAAUGUGGGAAACCCGGUUUCCAACCAACGUCUUGUUCUUCAACUAAUUGCUGGUCUCAAUGAAAGUUAUGAAGGGGUCGCAAUGAUCAUCCAGCAAACAACACCCUUACCUGAUUUCUAUGAAGUUCGCUCCAAACUCAUCAUGGAAGAAGCACGAAAAGCUCAUCAGGCUGCUGCCACUGCUGUAUCCCUAACCGGAGGCACCUCCGUUACCGCCUUGACUGCUUCAGCACCAAUGACUCAUCCAAAUUUUGGAGAUAGCAGCCGCCUUAACCAACAACAGGCAGAUCCCUUUUCCUCUCAUGGACGCGGACGGGGUUGA